AUGACCGUUUGGCGCAAGGUUACCCCAUCGUUGGAAGAGAAGCCUUCGAUCGAUGAUGGGUCCUUGUCGAUGGUACGUGGCCGGCGUUCCUCGGUUGCGACUGACAAGGAAGCGCGUCAAGGAAUGCUGGCCAGCGAAGCCGGGAUGGCUUUCGUAUCUGAAGCUGAUGAUAAAAACAUUACUGCCACGGCUGCCCAAUUAGACUUACAGGAGGCCCGAAAGAUUAUUCAGGAUGCAGUUUCAAAAUAUCACCUUGACCCCAACGCCCCCAGCGGCCUUUUAGAAAGAGCCCAAGAAGCGAUCCAAAACAACAAUUUGACAAGCGAUGCGGCUCAGCAGAUUAUUGAUGAAAUUAAGAUCGAGGCGGCUCUAUUGGAGGAAACACCGUUCCCAGAAGUGCGCAAUGUUGCGCCUAGUACUGAUGAUCCAUCGCUCCCUGUUCUCGCCCUCCCAGCUGGCCGGUUUCUGGCCGCCGUCCUGCCGACGCAUGUAUUCAACCUGUUUGGCUACAAUUUCAGCCUCAACCCAGGUCCUUUCAACGCGAAGGAACACCUUCUGAUCACUAUCAUGGGGAAUGUAACGUAUGGAGGGCAAGUCGGUGUUUACGUCACCGAUUUAAUUGCUACGCUGAGAAUCAAACGGUUCUACGGGCUGGAGGGUCGCUUUUCUGACGCCGGCUUCCAGUUACUGAUGGCAAUAUCAACUCAGAUGCUCGGGCUUGGCCUCUCCGGCAUGACACGAAGGUCGUUCUUGGUCUACCCGCCCAUGAUGUUAUGGCCAACAUCCCUGGCAAGCCUGGCUUUGAAUAACGUGUUUCACGAUGCCUCGAACCCGAUUGCUAACGGCUGGAAAAUGGGUCGAUAUCGCUUCUUUCUCAUCGUGUUCGUGCUUUAUGGAUUAUACUUUGUAUUUCCGGAUGCCGUGGCAGGAUUCCUGGGUACCUUCAACUGGAUGACAUGGAUCAAGCCCGAUCAUGUCAAUCUGGCGGCCAUUACUGGCUCUGUGUCUGGACUUGGCUUAAACCCAUGGCCAACGUUUGACUAUAAUGUCGCCAGUUUACUACGGGACCCUAUCAUCACGCCUUUGUUUUCGGUUCUCAAUCAGUUCGCCGGUCAGCUCAUCUUGGGCAUGAUAAUCCCGGCACUUUGGUACACCAAUACCUGGAACACCGGAUACCUACCCAUCAAUGAUAACGGCGUGUUUGAUAGAUUUAACAUCACUCGAGUAAUGGACCCCAAUACGCAAACUUUGAAUAUCACUGCUUACGAAGAGUACUCGCCAACUUAUCUUUCCGCUGGGAACGGUAUCCUAUACGGAUUUUUCUUUGCCAUGUACACUGCGGUAAUCGUCCACGUGGCUUUAUACUACCACAAGGAGCUUGCUCAAGGCUUUCGAUCAGUGUGGAAUUCGGCAUCUGGUAGAGAUGGAUUUACCGAUCUUCACAAUCGACUGAUGAAACCAUAUAGUGAAGUUCCCGAGUGGUGGUAUUUUACAAUUCUCCUUUUUUCUCUGGCUACUGGGAUUGCCUUCAAUGUGCAUUAUGAGACUGGUUAUCCCGUCUGGGCUUUAUUUGUUGCCUUAGCAAUGUCGGCGGUCUUUGUGAUUCCUUGUGGAAUGGUGUAUGCCGUAACCAACACUGAAGUGACAAUGAAUGUCCUGGCCGAGCUGAUUGGUGGUUACCUGCUCCCGGGAAAACCCAUCGCCGUGAUGCUAUUCAAGUCGUACGGAUUUGUCUCUACAGCACAAGCCAUUGGCUAUGCCGCUGAUUUGAAAAUUGGACAUUACGCUCACAUCGGGCCGAGGCAUUUGUUCUUUGCGCAGAUGGUUGCCAGACGAGUUUACUCGGUUGGUAGGAUCUAUCAUGCCCUGACCUACUUCUUUUUGAUUGGGGCUAUUGUACCAAUACCGUUAUGGUAUCUGGCCAAGAAACGCGGUGGCACUUUCUGGAAAUACAUCAACGUCCCAGUUUUCUUAGCCGGCUCACUCAACUGGUCGCCUUACAACAUGUCUUAUACAUUCCCUAUGUUGUAUGUGGCUCUGUUUGUCAAUGGUUAUCUUCGCCGUCGCUACUUCCCCUGGUGGUCAAAGUACCGAUGGGUCUUGGCCACGUCUCUUGCGGCUUCAAUCGCAGUCUUUGGAGUGAUCUGGUUCUUUGCAAUCCUUUACAAAAACUCACAACCCGAUUGGUGGGGGAAUUCUGUUAUCAACGCCGGGUGUGAUGGUAAAGGGUGUGCUCGCUUGACUGUUCCUGACGAAGGAUUCGGCCCUGGUCCCGGACAGUUCCAAGCGUAG